AUGAACACAACCGCCAACAAAACCACAAGCGACUUCCUCAGGCGGCAAAACGCCCUUCGCAUGCUAGAUACCAUUCUAUCGUCCUCCUCAACCCCGUCCUCUCUACCACAACAACAACAACAACCCUCACAUCCGUCGUCGUCGUCCCGUCGCCAGAAGCAGCCGUCACCACCCAGCAGUCAAGACACCCUGGCAGCAUUUGCCCCUCAUAUGGCCGACAGGGGAUAUCAGCCUGACACGGACGACAUUGGCAGCAACGACGACAACAACAGCGAUAGCCACGACGACCUCUUUUCUGCAAGUGACUUAUCCGCACUCAUGAUCGAGCAGGAUCUUCGGCGACAACACGCUGCCAGGAAACUUCAGUCUCACCAGUUGAAGCAACGACAGCUCCUCAUGGAGCAACAUCAGCGAAUCUUUCAGGAUAACCAGCAAAUGCACUCGAGCUCGACUUCGACCUCAGACAGAACUCUUCAAAGCCCAAUAACCUCCUCACACAUACCCGGCCAAGGCCACAACAACAACCUCGCAGAGGAGGAAGACCAUGAAGAUGACGAUGAGGACGACGACGACGAAGACGAGGAGGAGGAUAGUAGUCAGGUCACACCGCGACACCCUGUCAACACUCCCAAGCGCGAACAGCAGCACCAGUAUGAUAGUAUCCGCCUGGCCAGAUAUCAAGAGUCGGACGAGGACAACAACGCCAAUACUCCAGCUCUUCCCAACAGCGACAAAAAGCCCAAAGCGAGAGGUCGACCCAAAGGAACAACAGUAGACACUACACCGUCUAAAGCAGUCAGUUCUAACAAUCGAAGCCCUGACAAACCAAAGCGACAAUACAAAAAGACGAUCCUUCGUCAGCAAGCUGCCUUGCUUGCUGCUCAAAUCAAAGAUGAGAACGAGGCGCGCGACACAGAGGCCACCCGACGGGUUCUUGCUAAAACUGGUGUCAUCAAGCACCUUCGCACCCUCAAACAUCGCCUCGGAUUAGCCCAGUACAAGAUUGACAAGGGACUUCAGGAGCAGCCUCUACAUAUGGUGGUGGAAUUAUUUGAGGACAGUAUCGAGGAAGAUUAUUACAGCGACGACGAAUGCACCGACAACCAAGCUGGCGACCACCUACCCGGUAACCCCAAUCCCUCAGCGACGCUUCUUUCGACCCCAAAACCUCAGCGCUCUUCCAGACAGAGUCCAACGGUCGGGCGGACGAAAUUAUCGGCCUCACCCGGAUUCGCCCAAAGAGACACUAAGGCAGGCGACAUUGUCAGCAACGCAGGACCCUGGAGCGCUCUCGGCGCCGCCGAUUCGGACGCGACAGACUCGGAAUCAGAAUCAGACCAAGGAUUUCCCGACACGCCUACCAAGCCUCGUGGUAGAUUCGCCAUCCCUCGGUCGUCGACCGAUCUCAGCACGAGAACGCCGCCACCAAGAGUUCGCCAACUGACUGGGAGCGCUGUGCCAAACCAGCGCUUGACUACGGCCGCAACACCAACACCCAUCGCCCAAUCAGUCAUUGCGCCUCAGAGAGAAUUUGGCGCCUCAAGUUCGGACCAGUCAGACUUUGAAGGAACUGACGAAUCGGACUCUGCGUUCGAGCAACCUAUCACAACUCUACCUACCCCGCCCAGUUCUAUGUCCAUCACGCUUGAGACGUUGAAGAGACAGCAAGAACUGCAGAUGGAAGAGUUCCAGAAGCUGCAGCAGAAGCAGCUUCAGGCAUUAAUGGAGGAGCAACAGAAGACACUUUUGCAAGCUCAAAGUCAAUGGCCACUACAACAAAAGACGCCUUCACGCGUCACCGCAUCAUCUCUCAACCCAACAUCUAUGCCAGGACCUAAGGCAACCGUUGCAUCUAAGGACAGGAAAGCAACGACACCAAGGGCCAAGGAGAACCGCAACCCCUUCCAGGAGGCAACAUCUGACCAGGAGCAGCGACCGCGGCAGGCGCAAAUCGCGCCCAUCUCCAAACCAUCAAACGCCAAACCCCCAUUGCCUCUGGGUCUGCAGCAACGCAAGCCUCUCCAGACGUCAACGCGCUCAAUGACGCCAGAUCAUGGUCCGGCAGCUUCGCCACGUCUUACUCCCGCUAUCUCUUCGCGGACUGUUGCGCGGGUGACACAGGAUACUUUCGUAACUCCUCAACGCCGUCCAACCAAGAGCCCAUCACCAGCAUUGCAGCGUCAGAGAACUGUAGACCUCGCGAGCGAUACCGAAUCGUUCCAUCGGGCCAAGUCGGCUUCUCCUUUCACACCAAGACAGCUGGAGGAGCGGGAGCGACAAAAGGAGCGGAUUCGAGAGAACCAGCUGAGAGAACGGGAACUCAUUCGCAAGCAACGCGAACUGGAACACCAACAACGUCAACAGACGCGACGGAAACAACUUCUCCUUCAGCUUCAGUAUCAGCACUUGCAGGAACAGGUUCGCCUUCAGUCUUCAGAGUCUGGGAAUCAAAAGAAUCGACCAGAGCCUUCUAAGCCUGCUGAGCAGCCCAGGACCGCCGAGGGACCAUCACGCCUGCUCUUCCCGCCCGCCGCCAACUCGAUGGUGACGCCCAAGAAGAAGAAGCCAUUGAACCCAGUCCAGAAGGCACCCAGCACAGAGAAUAUUUUGGCUUCGGUUCGUUCUCAGCAGGGAAUCCGAUCGACUAUCAUCGCCGCUUCCUCCGCGUUGACCUCGGCCAAAACUGUUCUUCUGGGCAACAAGCGUGUUUUGUCGACAACUGAGGACAAGGAAAAUUCCGCAUCCUCUCCCUUCUCUCCUGCAGCUCGUGGUCAGUCGAUGGGUGGAAGUCAGGGUCUGGUGGCGAAUCGACAGCUCCAGGAGAAGACCUACAAGCGCCAAAGACCAGCAGCCUCCUCAUCACCAUCCCCCGUUCCACACCCUCGACAUGCGCCUGCAAGUUCAGUCCAAUGGACUAGUUCGCCUCAGCCAAAGGCUACGAUGCCCUUGCAGCCAGUUUCUACCCCUACUCACAAGCCGCUCAAGGAAAGAUCUGUUGAUCCACUGACUCCAGCAACACCGGUCAGACUAUCCCCAAGUUCUUUGCAGACGCCAGUUUCGAUUAGAGCCCCAAGCGGAGCGAUGAACCAGACGAGCAAGGAGUUCUUGAAUUGUUUCGACCAGUGGAUGUCGGAUCUUGGGGGCGAGGAUGUCCAGGGACAGGGGCUGCCGUUGAAUGAUACGCCAGUGACGCUGACGGAUUCCACUUUGGACUCUGUCGUGUCACCCUUUAUCAUGGAUCAGAGUCAACACCAAGGAUCUUUGGGCGACGUGUUUUCGAGUCAAGGAGGGUUCCUUGGACAGGACGAUGGGACCGGAACCGAGCCAGACGAGUCGGAAAUUGAUCAGUUACUGUAUUCGGAUUUCGGCGAUGACUAUGGAGUGUAUGGUGGCAGUGGUGUUGGUGUUGGUGUUGGUGGUGGUGGACAGGGGAAUAUUGGGACGCCAGUUUCCGAGACUGGCCAGGUGGAUCUGACGGCCGAUUUUAUGAAGGCCGACUUUUACGACUGGUUCCCAGAUUCUUUCCGCGAACAGGCUUCGUCGACCGGACCUUUGUGCGCUGCGACUCCUCCUACACCGAGCGAGCAGCGUCUUUCGUUGCUGUCUACGGAUCCGAUUCUGUCGUCCUCGCCGGCGGAGCUCUCUCAGGGCCUUGAACUGGAUCUGGACUUUGAUACGGCAGCGGCUCUUUCCUGGUCGCAACAAUCAUCACGAGCUCUUCAAUCGCCACAACAGAAUUUUUCACAACAGUUGCUGCAGCAGUCGCCACUUCGUGAUCGGUCGACUCUGUCAAGAGCAGGAACACCGCAAUUGGAUUCUUCUGGGUCGCUGUUGUCAUCUGCCUUCACCGAGAUCUUGCCUCCUGUGGUGGACGUAGUGGCGGCGCCGCCAGCAAACCAUUAUGUGCCGAUGGGGCUGGGAGGAGGUCAAGGGAUCAUAGCAACGAGCGCCGCGGAGGACGAAGAGGAUGGUGUCCAUUUGGGUAAAGAGCAUGAUGUCCUUACAGCUCACCAGCCCGUCGACCUUGCUUUCUUUUUGCAGUAA